AUGGGCUGCUUAGACCCCACGGAGUUCAAGGAAUUCAGACUCAUCAAGAAGACCCAGAUUAGCCCCGACACUGCAAGAUUCAAAUUUGCUCUUCCUACGCCCACUUCGGUCUUGGGUCUUCCUGUGGGACAGCACGUACUCUGCAAAGGAAAAGACAGUGACGGUGAAGAUGUGGUCAGGCCUUACGCUCUCAUAACUGGGGACUUUGAUUUGGGAUACUUUGAACUGGUCGUGAAGAUGUACCCAGGAGGAGCAAUGUCUCGCAAUUUCAUGGAACUACGUGAAGGUGAUUACCUCCCUGUUAAAGGACCCAAGGGAACAUACAGGUAUAAACCCGGCCAAGUUCGGGCGUUCGGGAUGAUUACUGGAGGCUCAGGCAUUUCUCCUAUAUUUCAGAUUAUUCGUGCCAUACUAAAAAAUCCAAAAGACAAAACGAAAGUGCACCUUAUUUAUGGCAAUCGCACUGCCAAUGACAUACUUUUGAAGGAGGAUUUAGAUGGCUUCGCUGAGCAAUUUCCCAACCGAUUCACAGUGUAUUAUGUUGUCAGUGAGCCUCCUGAAAAGUGGAGUGGUGGAGUCGGGUAUGUGACCAAGGAUAUAAUUCGAGCCCACUGCCCACCACCAGCUUUUGACAUACAGAUUCUAACAUGUGGUACUCCGGGCAUGGCCAAGCAAGUAACUACUCAUCUUAACGAACUUGGUUACACGGAAGAUAUGCAAUUUGAUUUCAAUUGAGACGAUAUUUUCUCUUUAUUAUUUUGAACCAAUCACGCAAUCAGAGAAACGUAAUGCUCCGAAGAUACUUUAUUGUACGUGUGCAUAAAUUUGGAUCGAAGAUCUAUUGUGUAAUAUUUCAUUUAAUG